GCCGCCAUCGUCCUCACGCAGCUGUUCUGGAGGGCGGAUCUCCGCCCGCCGAGGGGGCUUCGCGGAAGUGAGUCUAGGAAGAUGGCGCGGGCUGAGGCGAAUGCUAGGUACCCGGAGGGGGCAGCUGCCCCCGAGCGGCUGGACCCGCUCUCCCGCUUCACGUGCCCCGUGUGCCUGGAGGUGUUCGAGAACCCCGUGCGAGCGCCCUGCGGUCAUGUCUUUUGCACCCUGUGCAUUCAGGAAUGCCUUAAGCCAAAAAAGCCAGUUUGUGGAGUUUGCCGCAGAACCCUGUCUCAUGGCAGCAGAGAUCUGGACUUGGAAAAGCAAAUUGAAAUGACAGAGACUACUUGCAAUGGCUGCAAUAAAAAAAUGUACCUCUCCAAGCUGCGUAGCCAUGCAGCUUCCUGCUCAAAAUACCAGAAUUACAUAAUGGAAGGUGUUAGAGCUGUGACUAAAGAUCCACCACAGGAUACCAGGAGCAUUCCAAAUAGGUUUACAUUUCCUUGCCCUUACUGCAAUGAGAGAAAUCUGGAUCAGGAAGGCCUGGUAGAGCACUGCAGAAAGUAUCACAGUAUGGAUGCAAAGCGCGUGGUUUGCCCCAUUUGUGCAUCAAUGCCAUGGGGUGAUCCAAACUAUAGAAGUGCUAACUUCAUGGAACAUCUUCAGCGACGGCAUCAGUUUUCUUAUGACACUUUUGUGGACUAUGAUGCUGAUGAAGAUGAUAUGAUGGCUCAAGUUCUCUUGCGUUCCUUGAGGGACAAGUGAAAAAAGCAAGAAACUUGUUAACACUUGGCUUCCAUUGGGGAAAAAUAUUCGAGACACUUCUUACCCAAAGUUUUUUUGACAUUCACGUACUUAACAUGAGGAGUCUUUCUUGGUCCUUGCUCCUACUGUCUCCAUACGUGUCACUUGGCUUUUUCUAGUGGUUCUUUCCUUGCUGCUCACCUGUUGCAGGGUAUCUUUGUUCUUUCAAAUUAAAUAUUAAGCAUUUUUUCUGCUUUGUUUUUUUCAACAGCUUUUAAGGCUUACAAAUUAAAAUCAUCAAGAUCUUAGCAAUAAUUUUAGCCUAUGAGCAUCCUCUAAUAUUGUGCUGUUUUAACAGGGAUCAAUCAUUAGAAACCCAAGUGUCCCAGGUACAUGAAAUCUCUCUUGAAUGCUUGCUUCCAAUAUUUGAACCUAUCAUUUCUUGAUUUCUCUAUAGAAGUAGUGAAUUUGACUCUAAAUGCAGACUUGGAAAAGUUGGUGUCCUCCCCUGAACAAUUUGUGGUUCCCAUUGUAUGUUCUUUCACUUUUUCUGUUGUGUAUUUCUAACAUCAGGAACUGCACAGCACAAUUUUAGAGGGAGUCAGCCAAGGUUGAUUUUUUUGUCUUGAUACCUUGAUACAUCUGGCAUCUGUGCAGAGUUUAACUUUGAAGUAUGUGAGGAUUGUUGAGUAGAUUUUUUUGGAAGACAGAUGAAUUAAGGAUUUCAUUUUUGGCUUCCUAAACUCCAAUAACCCUUGUAUAUUUCUACCUCUGUGCCUACAGUUCAAAACAAUUUGAUAGCAAAUUGGGGUAAACUCUGGCACCUGAUUCCUAAGACAUAACAAAUAGACUAUUGCGCUUUGUGUAAAUUACUUUUCUAUAUCCAAUACAAAAAUGGAAUGUAAUUGUGUGCAAAUUUCAAGCAGGCAAUGCAGUGUCCAUGUGCUUACGGAAUUCAUACAUAUGGCUACAGCUUGAAUCCAUAGGCUGCUGUAGUUAAGAAGCCUGUAAUACAGAGAAUCCAAGGUCUGGUUUUUUAUUGGUUCUUGUCAUCUAAAGACUCUAAUCUUGUUCUUGCCUUCUCACCCAUGAACACACGAGUGAGGUGCAAAGUGGUGCCCACUGGUUCUGAUUUCUUUGUAUUUUGUGGAAGACAGGAACAGGGCGCUGCAAAUCCUGAUCAUGUGCAACACAUUCUACAACUUUGGCCCCAUUCUUUACUUAUGCUGAAUGAGCACAGGUUGAGGAUGUGGCCAGUAGAUGCAGUCUCACUCCAUGACCUUACAGGCAAUGUAUGAGCAGCUGGAUAAUGUAGUUCCUGUGAGGAAACUUGCCGGAGUUCUUUGGGUGAGGUGAACACUUCUGAGUGUACUGCCACAUAGGAUGUCUAACACAUUAGUCUUGAAUAACUAACUACUGGUUGGUAUGUAAAUCUGUUGUUAUGGUGGCACACUGAAAGAUUAUAUUCAGUUGCAAUGACCUUGUGUCCAAAGUGUGUAUGAAAUUGCACCAUAUUCCUUAGGUGGUUGAUGCAUCUGUGGUACAAUCAAAUUCUUUGUGUUUAAGACAACUUUUUGCACUAAGCAUUUUAACCUGACACAAAACAAGGAGCUAAUACUGAUUUACAUAAACUGAUGUAUACCUUCUUAGCCCAGCAGUCACACAGUGUGAAAAUCUGAGGCUAAAAUGUGUGUGAGAGAUCUCUGGAAAACGGUUCCUUACAGUGUAUUGAUGGCCUUGAGCCAAAAAUGUCAUGAUACUUCUAUUAGUGUCCUGACGUUUGAAGCAGUCUUACUGCCUGCUGCUCAUGCUAACUUUUGGAAAGUUUGUUGUCUGGAGACCACUUAAUCCUGUCUUAAAGCCUCUUAGAGUUCUUGGCUGCUAGGAUUGCAUCCCAAUCAAGAGUUUUUCAUGAAGCAUUAGUGUUAUUUAUUUGGUGGCUAAGGUGCAAAGAAGGUCUGUAGUGUCUUGGGCCUUUUUCAAAUGUCCCCUUCCUACCAUUGUUCCUUGUGUGCCACCACCUUCACACCCAUUCUCAAAGCAGGUGAUGAAAGUCAGGAGAAAACUGUGUAGUAUGAUAGGAAGAACAGUAGCUAGAAAGGAAAAUUGGCUGUUCAUAUAUGCACAGAAGUGCCUUCUGCAUGCAUGUGGGCCUCUUUGGAUCCUGGCUGUUGUUUCUCACUAUGUCAAGUGAGAAGAUUUUGCAAAGCACCUAUGGGAUUCAUAGGAGCUGGGUAUCCUUGUCCAGGAACAUCUCAGAUGUUUUUGUUCUUGUAUUCUAAGUGCACUUCUAGUAAUUUUAAUAAGAAUUUUAGAACUUUAAAAUGUCUUGUUCUGGCUUUUAAAUAAAUAAAAAUGAAAAUAAACAAUUGGAAAAAUA